AUGGCGAAUUUCCGUAGCAAUCGGUUAGCCCAAGUAUUCAUCCUUUGUAUUAUUGUAUCAUCUUCCUUCAUUCCUUGGGGAGAUGCAGGAGCCAUUAGCUUUAGCUUCCCUCCCACCACCAAUAUCAGUUCUUCAGAAGAUGCUUCAUUUUUCAAGGAACAGAUAGAGCUUACUUCCAAUUAUUUAGAUGACAACCUGAAACGUAGCCAUGGUCAAAACAGUAAGCUCACUGGGGAUGGGCUCACUUUCUUCCUUGCGCCAUCAGGACUGCAAUCAUCGGACAACUCUUCUGGAGAAUGGCUUGGUCUUUAUGAAGCUGCAACUGAUGGAAACUCAUCGAAUCAGAUUGUUGCUGUGGAGUUCGACACAUAUAAGAAUCUUCCUUACGAUCCGGAUGAUAACCAUGUGGGAAUUGAUGUCAACAGCAGGAAAUCAAAGAAAACCGUUUCAGUAAAUGGCCUGUACAACAACACGUCUUUCAAGAAUGGAAAAAAGUGGGAGGCAUGGGUGGAUUACGAUGGCAUUGAGAAGAACCUCAAAGUGUUUCUUUCAUUUAACCCCGAUGGCAGAGAUGCUUCUAAACCUAGAACUCCAUUCUUGUGGUACGAUAUAGAUCUGCGUCAGUUUCUUCCCCAGAACGUGCAGGUUGGCUUUUCAGCGUCCACUGGAAACUCAAUUGAGACUCACACAGUAUACAUGUGGAACUUUUCAUGUCAAUAUUCCUGGGAGAUUUCAAUACCAGGCGUCAAUGCUUCUGGUCGAAGUCCAAAAAAUAAAAGGAAAUCUUUUGAAAAGAUUAUAUGCACAUCCGGUGUGGCCUGCUUCUUAGUCAUAUGCUGUUUUAUUAGGGCAAGAAAAAGCAAGCGCAGGGAUGUUGGGAAGGACGGCGGGGAGAGCGAUGAGGAAUUCAACAACGCGCUUCGAGAGACAGCCCGAUCUGCUCGUGAGUUUCCAUAUGCUGAGCUCAGCGCCGCCACGAACAACUUCAACGACGACCAAAAGAUCGGUGUCGGCGGAUUCGGAUGUGUGUACAGAGGUACUUUGGCUGGCACAAACGAAGCUGUGGCAAUAAAAAGAAUAUCUCCAUCCUCCAAGCAGGGGAAACGUGAGUACGAGACAGAGGUUAGUAUAAACAGUAAGCUUACUCAUCAUAAUCUCGUGAAGUUUCUGGGAUGGUGCCAUCGAAAGGGAGAUUUGCUUCUUGUUUACGAGUUACUCCCAAACGGGAGUCUGGACAAAUAUAUUUUUGAAAACUCAGAAACUCCACUGGAAUGGGGUCGAAGAUAUAGCAUAGCAUGUGAUAUAGCCUCCGGUCUGGUUUAUCUUCACGAGGAUCGGCAUGAGAGCGUUGUGCAUAGAGAUAUUAAAGCCAGUAAUGUGAUGCUGGAUUCGAAAUUCAAAGCGAAGCUGGGUGAUUUCGGCCUUGCCAGAAUAGUGGAACGUGGAAAAGGAGGGCAUACGACCACGGUAGCGGGUACAAUUGGGUACAUAGCACCGGAGUUCGUAGCAACGGGAAAAGCCACCCGAGAGAGUGACGUGUUCAGCUUUGGAGCCCUGAGUCUUGAAAUUGCCUGUGGAAGACGACCAGCAGACUGGAGCUUGAUUGAUCACAAUUCCAGAGUGGUGGAAUGGGUUUGGCACUUGCAUGGAGAGAACAGAAUUCUUCAUGCAGCAGAUAAGAAGCUGGGUGAAAAUUUCAAUGGUGAGGAAAUGGAAAGGCUAAUGAAUGUCGGAUUGCUGUGUUCUCAUUCGGAUCCCAAUUCUAAACCGAGUAUGGAAAAAGUAGUGGGUAUACUGAAAAGAGGAGAGGAGUUGCUACAUGUUCCUCUAACGUUUCCUGUGGCUGUGUAUGGUGACCGUGUUCCUCUGAUACCACGUUCUCAUCAUCACUCUCGACCUCCAAUGGAAUUGGUAGCAGGAGAAUCUCAGCUCCGUCCGAAUGAACCCAACUCUCGAGUCGCCUCCUAG